AUGCGACGCUUCCUUGGGAUCAAGGCGAAAGCGUCCAAGCAACCUCUUGCCACCCACGACUCUUCUGAACCCGCGCCGGAGCCAUGGCAGCCUCCCUCCGCUGCGACCGUAGACGCCGUCGCCCGGUCCGAUGCAUCAACAUCCACGUCAGGCGCCGCAUACGCCGCUGAUACUCUACCUGCGACACAGACUUACGAUCGUGCGGGAACAUCACAUCCACCAUGGUCGACGAUGACACGAGCCUCACAGCAUCAUCAGCACCAUGACUCUUCCUUGAACGCUGCGCCAAGCUCUGGCCGACCGCUCGCGCCGGCGAGCUCAUCGCCGCGCGACCAGAGCACGGGCUUGUUCAGGAGGUCCUCGCUCGCGAGUUUGCAGUCGAACCCAUCACCACCGGUGCCCCCAAAGGACCGGAGAACGGUCAGAGUCUCGUUGGGAUCGGUUGUGGCUCCUGCCGCCUCAACGGACAAGGCUCAACACCAGGAUCAGGGUCCGUCGCGCAGGGGACAUCCUCAUUCCGUCAUCCCGGGAGGCCCGAGCGCCGACUCAGGCUCAGGGGCCACCGCCAACCAUGCCGCCCCGACAUCAACAUCGACGUCCACGUCUGCUCCAGCGUCAGCUUCUACGAUCAUUUCAACUACAACGAACAACAGUAGGGUCAGCAUCGCCAACACCCUUCCCGUUCGAUCCAACUCGGUCGCUUCGACGAACGCACCGACCCCCACGCUCGGGCAGGAGAGGACCACCUCGCCGUUGUCAAUCUCUCCUUCGUCCAUCACGGCACACUCGCAUCUCUCCUUUGCUAGUUCUAACACUCGUCUCGGCGGAGCAUCAUGGGGAGUGGGGAGUGGUGGGCGAUGGAACGAUGAUGAAAGGGAUCCGACCGCAAUCUAUGGCGAGUCCGGCUCCGGCCCAAGCCCUGUCUGAGCGCCUACCUAAAACAGUCGAGAGCUGACUCUUUCCAUCCUUGGGCCCACGCUUGCACAGCACCUGCAACAUGGUCCGAACUCGCCAAUCCGGACCUGGUCGACAACGUAUCGGCUCGGGAACGGACACGACAGGAGAUCCUAUGGGAAGUCGUCGCCUCAGAAGAACGCUACGUGCUCGAAUUGCGCUCGCUUGUCAACCUUUACGUUGCCCCACUUUUACACCCGCUCCUCACGACGACGACGGUACCUGCUACCAAAACAGCCACUCCAAGUCUCUCCUUCCUCUCCUCCCCAUCUCCGAUCCCUACCGUCGUCUCACCGCGACCCUCGUCUUCGUCUUCGACCCCCUAUCGACACUCGGCUUCGAUCCACGCCGAGUCUUCCUCGGACCUCCCCAUCGCCGCCCGUUUUUCUCGGUCACUGCACACCGUUUCAAGAGACCAUCUUCCCGAGCCAGUGACGCACGAUACAGACGAUGCAUCGUCGCUUUCGACGCCUCGUGCCGGCUCAAGAGCAACCCAAAAUUCGGCCAACGCCUCGUCGGCCGAAGAAAAAGUCAAGAACGCCAGGCUGUCGCUACCCGACCCAGCGGCGAGCUACCGAGGGCCUUCAUCGCAGGGGAUCAGAGGCAGGGUCUAUUCCUCCUUCGGCGCUCAAUCGACCAGUUCUUUGAUAGGGCCCGAUGCGGGGUCUUCGCACAAGCCAGGGGCUGUGUCCACGACCAAUCGGAAUCGGUUCUCGACCAUGUCAUUCAAAAACGCCAUGGCCUCGAUGAGAAGCGUCGCGACACCCAAUCAUGAGACGGCAGACGAAGCAGAGGAAGUGGGGCCAGCCCCAAGCCUGCCGGAUGCUUUGAGGAACGUACUGGAGAGCGUGCUGGAAAUGUUGAAAGGCCAUGAAGUGCUGGCAUCGAGUCUGUGAGUUGGGCACUCGUUGCGGUCGAGAUUUAACGGUGCUGCCCCGCUCACGUCGAACCUGGGCUUGUAAAUGAUCACAGCAAGGAACAGUGGGCGAAAGCUUUUCCCCUCGUGCGCGGUUUGGCGGCGAUCUGGUCUGAUCAAGUGAGCCAUCUCCCCUGUCACCUGCACGCGAGAUCGCUGUUCAGGCCACUAACUGGCUAGCCCUUCCUCAGCCCUGGUUUCUCGAGACCUACGCAAAUUACGUUCUAUCCCUCGAAGAAGCCCUCGCCAUAAUCGACGGUUGCAUCCCUUCCGUCCAUUCGAUCAACAAAGACGGACCCGCCAACUCCUCGAACCUCGGUACCCUCACUGCCAAAUUCCUCAGAAGAACCUCGUCAAUGCCAUCUCCAUCGACUUCCGCUACAGUACCUGCGUCAGCGUCGGAUCCAGCAAACCUUCAGCGCUUGAAGCGAAAGCUGAUGCAUUUGGAGGAGAAAGCGACCGAAGCGGGAGAGAGUGGGCUGGGUCUGUGCUUGAGCAAGCCCUUGAUGAGGCUUGGCAAGUUGCCGUUGUUGAUGCAGGCUUUGUUAUUCCAUACCGGUCAGUCUCCGGCGAAGGCGAAUCGAUCAACAGUCGAACACUAACCUUUCUCGGCACUGUCUGAAUAUCAGAUCCCACGACCCAUGAAUGGGAAAAGGUUAGAAACUUUAGUCUUCAUGCGUUUCACUUCCCUUCAGAAUACUGACAGUCUUCACCGAGUUGUCCGAAUAGACGCGUGCGAUGGCGAUCGAAGUCGACGAACUUGUUCGUUCGAUCGAAGACGAGAAGAUCGAAGAGGAGGAACGUUCGCGCGCUCGGGACGGCAUCGCUCGCAUCGAUGGGAUCCAGGACAAGGCCUUGAUGGCCCCACGAAGAACGCGAGUCUUGAUCGAGGAGACGAUCGCGCCUGUGGACGUGGAAGGCGGCCCAUCGGGCGGUGCCGUGAUGAAGGAGAAGACGUUGAUGAUCUCACUGGGGACGAAGGGAUCGAAGGGGACUUUGGGGAGGAGGAAGGGGACCAUGCCGAGGGGAGGCGAGGAGUGGCUCGUGCGCUUCUCUGAUGUGACGGUGCGAUGCGCCAAGGUCAGAGAGACGGACCUACCCUUUGGGUGUGGAUUCUCCAAGAAGAAUGAAGGAGCAAAGAGGGAGAAGAAGCUGAAGAAGGGCAAAGUCAGAAACUUAUGUGAGUCGGUCUCGACUCCAUAUUGAAACAGCCCUAAAAUUGACGCUUCAUUGGGGCGUCCGCAGACCGCUUUGUCAAGGUCGAGAAAUGGGAAACACCGGAGGACGCCGAAAAGAACCUAGCGGCAUGGCUGGGUCGACCUUCUCAGACCGAGUCUGCUACUGCUGCGAUCGAGGAAGCGGAAGACGCCGACGACGACGCCGAAUCUCGGAUGAGGUAAAUUCCAUUGUCUGCUUUCGGUUCAGCCAUUACCUUUGAGUACUAAUACUGCGUGAUACCCUCUGGUAGUUUCCGCUACGAUGCCGAUGACCCACGACCCGUUUCACCCCGCGUGUUCCGAGCCUCGUCCCUCCCUGCAACCGGGGCUACCACGAGCGGGACCGUUGGAGCUCGCAAAGUCCCUCGACAGUCCAUGACGACGCAAUCGGUCGUGGCGAAGCAAUCUCCCGCGAUCCAAAAGCACGGGCAACGUCUUCGCGUCGCGUCGGAAACACUGCCCCGGUUGACGAGUCCGGUUUCCCGACAGCGAUGGGAGACCCCAACAGCUGCCAGUCAGGCGAGGGCGACGCCCGUGGGAUCGGUUUCGACGAGAGCAUCGUCACGGUCACCCAACAGUACACCUACGAGCGGCAAUGCUCGAUCGGGACGAGGUCUGACUCCCCCGGCGACGAGCACGAAGCGUGCGAACUCGGCUUUCGCUACCACCAGUUCUCGAGCGGGGCAAGCCGCGACAACGACUAGUAAGAAACAGUCGUCGAACUCGACGACAAACAAGGUCGUCCCGUUGUCGGUCUCAACCACUUCGAUCAAUGGCCUCGGCGAGAGGGAGCAGUCGACGAUGGCACUGUACGGGAAGUAUUGGGAAGCCGCGGACGGCGAGAAACGAGUAGAGGCUUGA